AAUUGAAAUUUGAUUCCAUGAGAUAACGUUAUUUUAUUCACCUGAAUCAUUUUAGAUUCAAUUCUCCAUAUGAUCUGUUCAUACGAAUUUCUAUGAUCUUGAACCUGUUUUCCGUGUUGUCUACCUGCAAUGAAAUCUGUCAACAUCCGGAUUGGACGAACUUUAAAAAAGUGAUUUUUGUGAAUGAGUCAUAUCGAUAUUCUCAUCAUUAUCACUAUUCGCAAACAAUUAGUCUCAAUCAACCUCAUACAGAUGUGAAUUGCAGUUUCAUUAAGCUCGAAGACUUCGAAGAUAUGCAAACACCAUUCUCGCUGAAAUAUUUUGGAACUCAAGUUAGUAAAUUUCGUAUUUAUAGUAAUGGUGUUUUAAAUAUAUUUGAAAACAACGAGCCAAUUGGACAAAUCUUAAAUGAGUUAUAUGAUUAUGAGUCAAGGUAUCGUUUGAUUCAGAAGGGAUUAAUCGCUUUCAAAUGGGUUGCUGAUACAAAAUUUAAAAUUACACGUAAGUCAACUAAUAUGAAACCUGCACACUUACAUAUUCACGGAUUGUGAUCACUCAACGUUUGUGAGAUUCAGUUCUCAGAAAAUGGAUAAGUAAAACUCUGUUACUUUUCUAGUAAAUGGGGGUUGAACCGAAUGUAAGUUCCAUUCACCGUUUGGUGGCAUUAAUUGAGACUUGAAACUCAGUUGACACCGACUGAGAAAAAUUUAAUAUGACGUGUAAAAUAUUGAUGUUAAUUGCCUGUUUGAAAACCUGUGCACAGACACAUUUUUGUUUAAAUGCUUCGAUGAAACUUGACGAUAAACCAUUGCUUCGAGAAAAAAGAAUCGUGUUAUAUGUUCGUCACAAAGUCAUUCCUGUGCACAUCAUAUUCAUCUACACUUCCAUUUAUCACAUAGUCAUCUCUAUACAUUAUCUAUUCACAUUGAGAAAGCGUUGAGAUUACGCAUUUAAAUCCAUCAGUCUCUCAUCUACAACAAACCAGGACCAUAGUCAGAGUUAGUUGAUCGAUUUAAGUAUCCAUAUGUUACAUAAACAAUCAGAUUCUCAAGUUCAGUUCGUAAAUAAACGCUAGACAUUUUAUUUCACACGUACUAAUAGUCGAUGGUUUAAAAAAUUAAAGAAACUAUUGCGUACGUGCGAAUAUCUUUGCAGCAUUAGACUUUCAAUAAUUCAAUAAUAAUACGGAUUCAGAAAUUUGGCAUUUUACACUAGUUUGGAAGGAUGCAUGCUCGUUUCAUUCACAUCAAGUUGACUUCAAUGUUUUGAAUGAGAAUCCGACUGAAGAAAACAUUUGACACAACUCAGUAAAUAUCCACUAAAUGUGAUCACGUUGUGAGUGAGCAUAUGCUGUGUUACACCUAUCUUUUAAAAUUCUAAGUAUCUUUAAUCUUUUAUUUGUAGACACUGCACCCAUAGUAACUACUCUGAUAUAUGCAAAUGGGAAGAUAUCUAUCUAUUACGAGAACAUUCUUUCGGAAAUUAACGAAAAUGAGACGAUGGCCGGAAUCCUAGUAAACUUUCAAUGUGACACAGGUAAGACAGAACAUAAGAUAGCUGUUCCUGUAGAAUGGAUCAAAAGUGGCACGUUAGUGGAGUAUGAAUUCAUCGGCACAAUUUGUCCAAUACACAAUUCAAGUGAAGCAUGCCAAAAAGCAACAACGUCGAAAACGACAUGUAUUUGGUGUGAGAAAUGGAACACGUGCAUUGACAGUAAUCAUCAGGAUCAUCAUUUCCUUAAAGUGAAUGGGUGCCAUUUUAAGAAUGCGACCAUUGAAAUAACUCAAGAAAGUGGACAGAACAAAUCACUUUGGUACCUGUAUAUUGUGAUUCCUUCGGUCAUCUUUUUUGCUGUUUGCAUCGGCUACGUAAUUUGGAGAUGGCUGUAUAAAAGACGAAGAUAUAAUGAAUGAUUCUCGAAUAGUAUGACCAAGUGCUUUUUUAUUUCGUAUUCCAUUUAAAAACUUUGGAAUUAAUUAUUCAUUUCAAUGGUUCGGUAAAUUUCUUCACGGAACUAUGUGUAUUUUGUCCUUGUCUACGUAAUAACCGAUGUAAACUUGUUAAUAAAAUACCGGACACGGUUUUUAAUAUUUACGUUUUUGUCUUCAUUCAUUAAAAUCUGACUUGUUUUUCGAGAGUUUGACAACAUCUUGUUCCUGAACUAGUGUUGUGUUUAUUAAUCAUCAAUGUGCACGUUUUGGAAUUUUCGUCAAUAUCACGUCGGACUACUGGAAAUUAUCAUUUGGAAUAUGCGACAGUCAUUAUUGCAAAUUGACCUGUCGGAACACACAUCAU